AUGGACGAAGCUGUGAAGGUGGGAGACAUUGUCGAUCUUGGCGUAGAGUUUCAAGGAGAAGUACUGCCAGAUCUGCAAGGCUUGUACAUUACCACUCAUACGGAUACAAAUGGAAGAAAAACGAGAUCUGCAGUUACCCAGUUUGAGCCGUCCUUCGCUCGAAAGAUGUUCCCCUGUUUUGACGAACCGAACUUUAAGGCCACCUUUGAGGUAUCAGUGAUACGCGAACCUCACCAUACAGUUCGCUCAAACACAAAGAUGAGACUGUCCGAAGAGCAUGUGGACGGGUGAGG